AUAGGUGACUACUAUAGAGGCUGUCAGCACUUCCAUGGCCGAUAUUACUCGGGGGAGGUAUUCGAUUGCAAUUCACCGGAUUGCAGGACGAGCCAGGCACACAAGCACAGCAGAGGCUUAAACUGUCGUUGUCCAAGCGUGUCAGUUGACCGCCAGCGCGUGCAGAAUAUGUUUUAUACCAAGCAUCCUGAAUGCGAGUAG